GAUUAACCCCUCACAUCUUCUGGUUGGCACCUACUUAUACUCAUCAUAAUCAACACCACCAUUUCUCCACAUUAGUCUCCCAUGGCUCCCAAAAAAUCCAACACCUGGAAAGCUGUUCUAUUUGGUUGUUUCACAAACAAGACUGCUACUUUCGAUCCCCAGAUUCUGGUUCCUAAAACCGGUUUGUCACAGAGGUUAUCGAUAUCGGAUGUUAGCUCCUCGCUUUCGGUCAUCAAUGGUUUUUCAAGUUAUAUUAAUGGCUGGAACCUUCAUGAGUUCACCCUGGCUGAGCUAACCAGGAUCACCCAUGACUUUGCGGCCAGUAAUUAUCUUGGUGAAGGUGGGUUCGGACCGGUUCAUAAAGGGUUCAUAGAUGACAAGACCAAGCCAGGGUUAGAGGCUCAACCGGUUGCAGUCAAGUUAUUGGAUUUGGAUGGUGGUCAAGGUCACAAUGAAUGGCUGGCUGAAGUGACAUUUUUGGGGCAAUUGAGGCAUCCUCAUCUUGUAAAGUUGAUCGGUUACUGCUGUGAGAAGGAGAACAGGCUUCUUGUUUAUGAAUACAUGGCAAGGGGCAAUUUGGAAAGUCAACUAUUUAGAAGUAAUUUUCUUUUCACAGAAAUAAUUCGAUCUGUUGUUCUUCGCAUAUCGUGGGGUUAG